ACACACACGAAUCAAACCUUUCCUGUUCUACUAAAACUUUUCAGUCUGGAAAUAGCAGAGCUAACCAGUCAGAGUUAGGAAAAUAUGGGAAGCAACCUCUCUAACCACAGCAUUGUCGACGACUCGGAUGGAUCAUCACAUGGAAAGAAGUCUCGCAUCAUGUCCUUCCACUCCAAGGACCAAUGGAAGACCCAUUUCACUGCCUCUAAGCAAACUAACAAGCUGAUGGUGAUUGAUUUCACGGCAACAUGGUGCGGACCUUGUCGAUCGAUGGAGCCAGCCUUGAAAGAGUAUGCUGAUAAGUACACCGACGUCGAGUUUGUCAAGCUUGAUGUCGACGAGUUACCGGAUGUGGCGAUGGAGUUUGGGGUGCAGGCAAUGCCUUCGUUUGUGUUUAUUAAGAAAGGAGAAGUGAUUGAUAGAGUUGUCGGGGCCAGGAAGGAGGAACUCCAGAAGAAGAUUGAGAAACACAGGAGUUAAAUUACCAUUCCUCACUGUUGUUAAUCCCGAGUAGAUGAAGCGCCCCGGAUUGGAAAUUUACCUAUAAGCAAAAUAAAGCCAGAAUAAGACCAACUAAUAAUAAGAUCUCUUACUUGGGGUUCUGGAGUUUAGUGUUCAGUUUUCUGUAUUCUUUCAUGUUCAUCGAGAUUUGUACUUCUCGGAGUGUUACUUAACUCUAAUGCAUACUUAUCUUAAAUUUUACUAUGUGCUAAGACCAACUAAUAAUAAGAUCUCUUACUUGGGGUUCUGGAGUUUAGUGUUC